AUGUUAAGCGAGUUACUCGAAAGUUACGACUUUAUACUUGCCAGUUCAUCCCCAAGAAGGUAUGAGAUUAUACAUGAUAUCCUGGGCAUCGAUAAGCUUGACACUAUGAAACCUUCCUUCGAGGAAGACCUCGAUAAAAGCAAGUACACAAACAAUCCUAUCCAAUAUGUUAUAGAUACUUGUAAAGGUAAAGCCGAUGGCAUCUGCGAUGACUUGAAGAGUCACCAAAAGUCCUUUGACAAACCGCAAGUAGUCAUCUGUGCGGAUACAAUUGUCCUAGAUGCCAACAACAAAAUAUAUGAGAAGCCUUCCAGCCGAAACGAUUUGAUAAAGAAUCUGCAUUGGUUCUGUUAUGAGACUAAGGAGCCUGUUCGUGUAGUCACAGCGGUGAGUGUAAUUGUCUACAAGUCUCCGACGGAAUAUAGAGUGACGGAAUUCCAUGACCAAACUGACAUGUACUUCGAUUCUAACAUACCAAGCAGCUUUAUCGAAGAGUAUUCGAGGAACGACGCUGCCUUGAACGCUGCAGGUGGUAUUAUGAUCCAAACGUCAUGCGGGGCCAUGGUGAACCGCAUAGACGGCGACUACUACAACAUCAUGGGACUGCCAUUGAACAAACUGGUGAUCGAGCUCAAUAGGCUACUAUAG